UGGUUGGUGGUCACUGUUCACCCUAAGCAUACCACCUGGUUUCAAGGUGAUGAGCAUACCGACUGGUCUCACUCAACCACGUCCGUCAAAACCGUUAUUGGAACAUACAAGUUCGAUGUUUAUGCCGGUGUGUGGUACUUCAAAGCAGCGGCUUACAUCAAUUGAACCUACAUACGUUGAAUGCUAGCGCGGGCUGGAAUAUUCAUGAAUGACGGUGACGGUGGAUAUAUGAACUGGGCGUGGGCGGCUCCCCAUGACAAAAUUAAGGCUAUAGGAUAUCAGAAUCAUCGACUGGUUUUCACUGGAGGCGCUCCUAAGAAUCAUCCUGCUUCAGGAAAAUGUGGGGUUCACAUAUACCAGUUUCAGAAAAACGAGAAGAAAGCCAACCCAGUCAAUCACUACACGAUUGUUGCCAUCAUAAAGGACGCAAAGGGCACCGUGGUUGGCUUUCAAGGCGAUGGCGAUGGGUCUAACCCAGUCCUAGUUGCUAGCCAGCUGCAUGAUCCGCUCACAAUCACCACUGGUCCCAAAGACAAGUCCCCACUGUCAUUUAGUCUUGGUAAAACUAAGUGGAACAGCAAAUCACAGUGCUCUGUUGGGAAGUAUGACCAUGGGAUCAGGCAGAUGGAUUGUACUUUCCAGUGUACGUUCUGAUGGCAUUGUGUGGCGACAAUGUCGACGUCGAAACCCUGAAACGCGUAGAAAAAUGUCUAUAUAAGGCCUUCCAGAUUUUCCAUUCGCAAUCCAACUCAUGUACAGGUACAUAAGUCGCGUAGAGGAAACUAGGCUUUACAAUAUGUGCACGAAGUUGUUACCUUGGUAAUUUCGUUUUUUCCAAAUAAAUGUAGUACAUACAUACAUACUUGAAAUUUCACAGAUAAAAAUCUGUUUUUCCUGC